UAAAAAGAAAACCACAAAUGCCCAAAUGAAUCCCCCACAAAAGGGGGACCCACCAAUGGAUGGAGGGGAAGAACUAAAUUCUAGAGAGAGAAAGUGAAGUUUGUACAAGUAGUGAGUGAAAGAGAUAUAGAGAGAGAAUUUCUUUUUAUUUAUUUUUUAAAUUUUUAAAUAGAUAGAUAAAUAUAGAGAGAGGGUGUCAUGUGACUUUUUGAACCCAGCUAACUUACAAAUGCUACCCAACAAAUACCCUUUCUCUCUCUAACCAAAACCAAAUUAAAUUAAAAAAAACCCCUCUUUCUCUCUCUAAAAAAACACACAAUACACUUUGUCACUUUUUCUAUUUUACCAUAAAUUCUGAUUAUUGGAGUUUCACUUUCUAGUAUUACCAAGUACCAACAAUAAUACUUUCACCCCCUUCACUUUUUUUUUUAUAAAAAAACAUUAAUUUCUAAAAAUAAAAGUUGUUGAUAGAAUUUAGAAGCAAAUAUAAUGAGAUAUUGUAAGAGAGAGAAAGUUCAGAAAUCAGAAGAAGAAGAGUAAAAUUCUACUACUAUCAAAAAGAUUAAAAAAAAAAAGUCGUUAUUACCCUUUGUUUCUGUUUAUUUUCACACUGAUCUUCUUCUGCUCUCUACUGUCUUACUGCUUUAAAAACUGCCACAUUUUUUCUCUCUGUCUCUUCUGCAGUUUUUGUAGAAGAAGAAGAACAUCCAAGAUUAUUACAACAAAUAACAACCUCCAUUUUUUUUAUUAAAUUAUAUUCACAACAAAUUUACCCCAUUUUUUUGAUUCUGUUAAUUAUAAUAAGAUAAGGAGAAAGUACUGAAGAUAGAUUAGCGGUGGUGGCUACUACAAGGAGAUUAGCGUCGGAUUCAGGAGCGUUUGCGGAUUGGGUGGCGUCAUCAGCAAGCAACGCAGCAGCUGAUAAGAGUAACGAUCUUUCUUUAGGAUUCAAUGCUGGCCCUGCAGCAGCAUCCGCGUCUGCGGCUGCUGCUGCUGGCACUUUAUGGCCUGCUUCGUCUAGGUACGGAAUCUCUCCCGAGAUGGGGAUGUUUGUUGUCGCCCCCGCUACAUCGUUCCAUCAGCACGAGUCCAGCUUGAUGCUGGAUCAUCACCACCACCACCACCACCAUCAUGGGGGUGGUGGUGGUGGUGGGAUGAAUGGUGGGAAUAACGCCGCUACCGCUCUUGGAGUUGGGGUGGGAGUCGGCGUUAUACCCCUCUUCAACGCCGGCCCGUGUCUUAACGUGGCCGGCGCUGGAGAGACGGGUGGUAGUAGUAAUAAUAAUAAUAAUAAUAAUAAUACAUUGGAUGGAAAUGAUUCUUUCAUGAGUCGUAAUCAUAGAGCGGGUGCAAUCCAACUCUGGCAAACUCAACAACAAAUGGGAGGAGGAGGAGGAGGAAGCCCGAAUUACCCGAGGAAGAGUAUUAAUUUCGACCCGACUGGCCCGAAUUUACUCCAUUCAUCUUCUUCUGCAAUGGGCUGCGGUGGCGGAAGUGGGGCCCUCACUUGUCAGGAUUGCGGAAACCAAGCUAAGAAAGACUGCAGCCAUCGGAGGUGUAGGACUUGUUGUAGGAGUAGGGGUUUUGAUUGCUCUACUCAUGUCAAGAGCACGUGGGUCCCCGCUGCUAGACGAAGAGAACGGCAAAUGAUGGGAGUCCCUGGAGCAGCAGGGACCCACGGAACUGGCGGUGGAAGUGUGGGAGGCGGAGGAGGUGGGGCAUCUUCUGGCUCCACCUCCGGCGCGAAAAAACCACGCCUUAUUUCCUCUCAAAAUACAGCUACAACCUCCCACACUUCCACCUCCAACACCCCGCCUCGUAGCUUUGAGACUAGCUCCAGCCACCAAGAUGCGAGCUUCAAGGACUCAUUGCCGGGGCAAGUGAAGGCGCCAGCAGUGUUCAAAUGCGUAAGGGUGACCGCAGUCGAUGACGGGGAAGAUGAGUUUGCAUACCAAGCAGUGGUGAAAAUUGGUGGACAUGUUUUUAAGGGCUUUCUAUAUGAUCAAGGGUUUGAACCAAGAGAUGGAUUUCCUAAUCUAUCCGAGUUACAUUUGGGUGGUGGUGCUGCUGCUAGUAGUAGUGCUGGUAGAAAUGGCGGAGCAUCUUCGUCGUCGCCGCUUCUCGAUCCUUCUGAUGUCUAUGGUGCUUCGGGUGGUGGUGGUUUGCUUGGAGGUUCAAGCUAUGGUAACACUAUAAAUUGAGAAAAAAAAAAAAAAAUUAAAUAAAACCCAACCCUUAAAAAAAAUAGGAACAAAAAAAA